AUGAUUGACAGAAGACAUGAGAAAAAGAAGAGCGAUGGUAGUAAUACAUUGAAGAUAAAGAGGAGAGAAAGUGAAGAAAUGGAAUCGAACAAUCAAUUUUAGAAUUCAGAUCGAUUUAAUUCUAAUCAUUCAUAAAUCAAGCAUUCCCUUGAUGUUUCUGAUAAGAGUAGUUUUCCUUAUCUCUAAAAUCCUUUAUUAUCAUAGGACAGUAUUUCUGAUAGAGUAGAUGACAGCAAUAGAAACGCUCAACAGGAAUUUAAAAUCAAAUUAGACUAUGAAUAACCAAUUCCUUUAAUUCAAUUAAUUGAACAUGAAAUAAGACAGCGCUGUCGACCAGAUUUAGUCAAAUAAACAAAAUGUUACGGCGAUGCGAGUGAACAAAUAAUGGUUACUGUCAAAUCAACUGCAGAAAUUGAUGUUGAUCAGGAUAUUUUAAACAAAUAUCAGAAGUAUUAUAUUCGAAACUACAAAACUGAUCCUUACUAUAUUAAAUUAUAAGAACUGCAUGGGCACCAAAGAAUUAAACAUGAAUUGCAGGUAGUACUUUGAUUCUAAUAGUAGAACUACAAUGAUCCUUACGUAUUGCUCAAUUUGCGUAAGAUGAUUGUUUACAUCUCGUUUAUUAUCCCCAUCAUAGCGAAGUCUAUAAUUAAGUCAAUAGCAUUUCGAUUAUUCAUGACUAUUUUGAUCCUUUUCACCAUCACUCUUUUUGCAAUUGUGAAAACCUAUCAUCGUCAUGACACCGAUUAGAUUGAAUAAAUCAUAGCCAUAUUAUUUUUUACUGAAAUAGGAUUACGUAUAAUUUCGUAAGGACUAUUGUUUUCAAAAAAUGCUUACUUUGUUAAUUUCUCAAACAUAUUUGAUUUUUCAAUUGCGUUGCUAUCAGCGAUUAAUCUAUAUAGACCAGAUAUAGUAAUAAUAGACUUGUCACCUCUUCGAAUAAUAACUCUGUUGUAAUAUUUGGGAGACAUAUUUGAUGGUUUGAAAGUAAUGUUGACAGCAUUAAAGCAAUCGAUCCGAUAUAUAUUGGAGGCAUUGUCAAUAGUAGGAUUGUUUUCUUUAUUCUUUGCUUUGGCUGGAGUGUUCUUAUUUUAGGGACUAUUUAAUUAUAGGUGUGUUCCAAUAAACGAGGAGUUGGGAGAUGAUUGGAUACAAUGCAAUGUAGACCAAUGUCCUGAGGGAAUGGAAUGCAAAUACGUUGAGUAGACAAUUAAGAUGCCAACUUCUUUCAAUAAUAUCAUCUAUUCAUAUGGCUAGAUAUUGAGAACAAUUACAAUGGAUGAUUGGAGUUGGGUCAUGUUUUUCACAAUCAGAAUUUUCAAUCCUUGGGUAUGGAUAUUUUAUUUACUGAUAAUUUUCGUAUGUGGUUUUUUUAGUUUUAAUUUGGUGAUCGCAGUGUUGAAGACUCAUUAUGCUGAGGCGACUGAAUAAUUUUUUCAUUAAUAGGAGCAGUAACAAAUCAAUAAAAGAUUAUUGGAGGAGAAAUCAAAUCAAUAAAGAGAUGUAACAGAUGUUUUUGAUGUUGCAAUGCUUCGUCAAAUUGGAUUUCUUAAGACUUUCAAAAAAUAUUAUCAUUUACUUAACUAAUCUAAGAAAAUAAACUAAUAUAAAUUAGAAGAUUUCUAAAUAAAAAAUUCUACACAACCAAGACUGUUAUCAGCCAAAUAGAGACUAAGCAAAAAUGUAAAUGUAAAAAUAUUCUUUUUGAUUUAUUUCUUAGAGCAACUAUUUUGAUUAAUUCUAUGAGUAUCUGAGAAAUUUGACAUUCAAAAACAUUCUGUUAUCCAAAUUCCAAUGUCUAAGUAAAAAAUAAAAAGAAAUUAAUCUUAAAAAUUACACUGAUAAUGAAGAUUAUCUUAAAAUUUUGGAGGACCUCACCAAAUUCGAAUUCUCCUAAUUAUCAAAACAAGUUAACCCAAAAUAAUAUCAAAAAUAUACAAGCUUAGAAGAAGUGUUACCAUCUUUUGCGUAUUAUUAUUCUUUCUACAUCAUAUAGGGAUAUUCAAAACUCAAAGUAGAAUAUUGAUGAAAAAGUGAUCAAUUAUACCAAAUACAGAUGUUAAUUAGAAUACAUGGUUCCAAAAUACUCCAAGAAUAACUCAUAAAUAUUCAGAUUCAAAAACAGCUCAAGUAGGUUGAAGUGUCCAAUUAAGAAAAGCUAAAGAGCAAACAAUAUUAAAAGGGUAUUUUAAGUCGCAGAAGCUCAAGACUCGCAUGCCGUCCAAACUACAAGCAUUCCAAAUGAAAGGAAGACUUAUAAAGGAUUCAAUAAGUAAAUGAUAGCAUCAAAGCACUCAAUACCAUUUACAAUCAAAAAGGGAAAUGUUACAUAUCUAUUUGUUUAAGGGUAUUAUUUGAGUUUUGAUAAAAUUGCAUUCAAAAUGAAGUAGAAAAUCGAGAAGGAGAAGACACACAGUGUCUCUUAUGAUCUUGAAUACAAGAAUAUGAGAAUGAAGGAAAUUAAGAGCAGGAGAGUUGUUGAUAACAAUUGGUCUGGUUGUGAUGUCAUUGAAACCCGUUAUGCAACCUUUAGGUUGGUAAAUGUACUAGGGACAUUAAAUAAAAUCGACUUCGUAGUUUGGAUAAAGGGGUUGUCUGGCAUGUUAUAAAUACUAAGGAAAUACAUAAAUAGGGUAGUAUCUAGUAAAUUUACAGAAAUUGCUUUGGAUCUGCUGAUAUUCAUAAACUUCACUUUCUUGGCAUUGUACGGAAUUGCAGAUGCUUCUAUCAUCUCUGACGUGGAGGACAUUAUUACAAUUCUGUUAUCAAUUGAGACAUUUCUUCGGUUUUGCAGCACAUCUUUUAAAGAGUUGUCAAAUAACAAUGAGAGUAUUCUUUAAACUUUAAUUGUUAUUUUGAACUUUAUUGAAUAUACAAUGAGUGAUUACAUGACCGAUUUAACUGAAUAAAAUUUACGAUUGAUUAGAGGAACAAAAUGUUUGUUGUUUUAUAGAUGUUUAAAAUAUAACAGCAUGGCUGUGACUAUUGGUCAUAUAGCAUCAGAAACAUUUAAGUCUUACAUAUAUUUGACAUUUUUGAUGUUUAUAGUAAUAUUUUUGUAUGCUCUGGUGGGUAUGGAAGUAUAUGCAGGAGAGUUUGAUUAGAAUGACUUAUUGGGAUAAUUGCACUCAUAUGACAAUGUUCUAAAAUCCUUUAUGACUGUGUUUAAUAUCAUGACAAACGAUGAUUGGUAUGGGGUAUUUGUUCUAGGUACUGGGAUUAAUGAAACAUUUGGAACAGUCUACUCAUACUCGAUGGUAAUCGUACUAAAUUAUUUAACAUAUGGAUUGGUCUUGGCUAUUUUAUUGGAUGGAUUCAGCAAGUAUUUAGAUAGGUAGAUUUUUUCAGAAAUCGAAGAGACAGAAUAGUAAUCUUUAGUGAAAUCAUCAAAUAGUCAAUAAUUAGACACUUCAAAUUCUUAAUAAUUGCAAGAAGCUAAUCCUGUUGUUUAAAUAUAAUAAAAGGAUAAAACUAGAAUUCGAAGGGGGAAAUAAAAGACGGCUUUGAUAUAACAUCUAAUAAAUUCAAUCAGAUAAAUUAAUUAAAAGAUAUUGGAUGCAUCUCCUGAGUUGUAUGUUGGAAUCAAAUGCGAACAAUCCUUAUUUAUUUUCAACAAGUCUAAUCAUUUUCGGAUGAUGUGCAUGAUGAUUGCCAGAUCAAAACUUUACAAUUGGAUUAACGAUGUGUCUCUUUCGGCAUCGAUAAUUAUUUUCAUCCUCUAAACAUAUAAUGACUAUGAGGAGGGCAAAUAAACAUAUCCACAAGAAGUUUAGUUCUACCUCAAUAUAAUUUUGGCAGUUGAAUAUCUCGUAAAUGUGAUUGGUAAAGGGUUAUUCAUAGAGAUGGGUUCUCAUUUCAAUUCCAUCUGGUAGAUCGUGGAUAUAUUUUAUUUGUUAUCCUUCUUCAUCUAAUACUAGAAAGAUUAUUACGUGAAGCCAAUAUUUUAGAUCCUUCUCUAUUUUGGAUACUUUAGGCCUUUUAAUCUUUUGAAUAGAAUUAAGUUUUUGAACGUUCUAAGUUCUGCACUCUACCAAUCUUUGGUCGAUAUCCUAAAUGUAUUGUUAACUCUCUUCUCAGUCUGGAUCAUUUUUGGAGUGUAUGGAAUCAUAUUAUAUGAGGGAUAAUUUGGAUUUUGUGAAGAUAAGAUGGAAUUCAGAAUCAAGUAUGAAGAAUGCAUUCAAGAGAAUAGAACUUGGAUCAAUUUUAAACACAACUUCGAUAAUAUCACCAUGGCUAUUCCAACAUUAUUCACAGUUUCCACUUUUGAUGGUUGGGGUGAAAUGCUCUAAAUUGCUGAAAAUAGUGACAGUCGAAAUGUUGGACCUGUGCCAUUUAAUAGUUAUAUACACACAUAUGUCUUUUUCAUUACCUUCUGUUUUAUUGGAUCGAUGUUUUUUCUAAGUCUUUUCACGGGUGUGUUAUUCUCAAACUUAAAAGCAAAUCAGAGGAAAAUAGAGUAGGGAGAAUUCAAUUAGAAUCAGAAGGAAUUCAUCGAGAUCUCUGAGAUCAUCACCAAAGACAUCCCCGUAUUCUCCACACCUCCUGACAAUGUCAUUAGAAGAUUGGCAUCGAUCAUCAUGAAUAACUCCAUUAUGCAAUCCUUCUUUUUUCUCAUCUUGUUUUUGGAUGUAGUUAACAAUGCCUUAUUUCAUUCUAGCAUGAAUGUCAAGUACCUCGAUACUAUCAAUUACAUCCAUCACGCAUUUACAAUAUUUAUCACCAUAUGGAGUUUGCUUCAAUAUUUGGCUCUAGGAUUGUUUAGAUUCUUUGACAAUCAUUGGAGACAAUUCCUUUUCAUCUUGAAUCUCAUUGCUGUCUGUGAUCUCGCAAUGGAUCUAAAAUACAAUUGGGUAGAAAUCUACUAUUAUUCCAGUCCUUUGACCGAAUACUAUAAACUCUAUAGAUUUUGCUUUGCAUUGAGAAGCUUCAGAUUGAUCCUCAUAUUUUAGGGGUUAAUCAAUAUUCAGAGACUAAUGAGAGUUAUGGUUUAUGCUCUCCCAUUUCUAGGCAAAAUAUUCUUCAUCCUUAUCGACACAAUGUUGGUGUUUGCCUUAUUUGGAUGUUAACUAUAUGGAUAGAUCGAUUCAGGGUAGGUUAUGGAUGAUCAAAUCAAUUUUCAUAAUAUUGCUUAGGCUAUGCUCACUCUAUUCAAAUGUGCAUCAGGCGACGAUUGGAGAACCAUUAUGACUGACACUAUGCAUCAUAAUCCUAAUUGCUCUACAGAUUCAACCUAUUGUGGUUCUAUUUAUAGUUAAAUAUACUUUUUCCUCUUCAUGCUAUUAUCCAAUUAUGUUUUCUUAAACUUGUUUGUCUUGGGAUUGAUCGAAUAAUUUGAGUCCUUCUUUUAGGUUCAAAAUUCAAUAAUCCAAACCUAUGUCGAAAAUGAAGAUAGAAUAAAAACGAUCUGGUGCAAGUAUGAUCUGCAUUUUCAUUAUUUUAAGGUACUCUCCAGAAACUCAAGGGAAAGCUAUGCAUUACAAAUUUCUCUGUAGAUUUCUAAUGGAUCUCGGAUCUCCUUUGGGGAGAGGAAAACAGGAAAACCUUUGGGAUGCUGCCAAAUAAGCCUCUGCAUUCAAAUUAAAGUGGUAAGGAGUCCAUCUCUAUCAUCUAGUGAUCAUCAUGGCUACAUUCAAUAUAAUUAGUUGAUUUAUGAACUGUUUAGGACAUGCUUUCAGGAUGAUGUUUUCAAAACUGGGAGUUAAAAUGCUAUCAAGUAGAUUUAAUAAUACAAUAAAGAAAUGCAAAUGAAAUUAAUGAAUUAUCGAAGAAAUUUAUUUAUCAAACGAGCCAAUAUUUGUUUAGUCGACCUCAGGACUAAUUUUAAUAUUCUUCAUGAUUAUUUGAAUGUUCUCAUUUCAUUCAAAGCUUGGGAAUCUCACUCCAAAAAUUUGAUAAAAAAAAUAAACAAACGGAAUAAAGAAUUUACUGAAAACACUGAAUUUGAUGAAUAAAACCAAGAAGAGUAAUAAUUUGAUCAUUUUACAUAAGACUUUAACGAAGCGGACACUCAUUCUUAAAUGAAAUCUCCGUAUUCAGAGGAUCAGUACAGAUUAGCGAUACAGAGAGAUUCCAACCAGUAAUAACCGAUGAUAACCAAUCCAAACAUCUCUUAACCUUUUAAAGUCAAGAGAUAAUGCAACUCCCAGAGAUACCCCAGUAUGAUAAUUAAUUGGAGAGUCAUUUAAACAACGCUUUGUUUAUAUAUAAUCCACAAAAGUGA